GGGUGUCCUGAUUAUAAAAAUCCAUGCACGUAUAAAACCUAAAGCCCUUCACGUAAGGUCGUCACUGCACCUGGAAUGCCUCAACGCAAGGACCCUUUGGCUAAUCAUUGAUGUACCUUGACCAGUGAACCUCUCUAUCUGUUCCUCUGCUACUCCACCCACCCCAGGUAUCCUAGCACUCAUCAUAGUGAGGACUCUGAGAAGAGACAUUGCACGCUACAACAAAGAUGAAGAAGCAGUAAGACUUAUAGUAGCCAACAACACACAACGUCUAAUGCAACUCCAAUGUAUGGGAAGUCCUUGCAAUAGGAAGUGCUGUAUAUUAAUGCAACAUGUGGCACAAACCAUACAUUGAGGCUGCACAAGACUUUUGUGUCACACAUCAAAGUUGCACCAUGUUUGCUGAGCUCUUCUUCCUCUUGACUGUUCACCUCAGAUUUCUUGACCUUUCUUACCUCCCUCUCCUCCAUUGACCUUUCACCUCUCUCUCCUCCAUUGACCUCUGACCUCUCUCCCCUCGCAGGACGAGACUCUGGAGGAGACAGGCUGGAAGCUGGUCCAUGGAGACGUGUUCAGACCUCCGUCCUACCCCACCCUCCUCACGGCCUGCCUCGGAUCUGGCAUCCAGAUCUUCUUCAUGAUCCUCAUCAUCAUUGGUAUGGGAGGGAUGGUAUGAGUGUGGGGUGAUAAUUGAGAGAUCUUGUGUUGUAGCUCUCUGAGUGCAGUAAGGACACUAGGUGAAGUGCCCGAGGGCUCUAGCUCAUUAUUGACCAUCUUGAUGCAUUGUUUGUUGUUCUGUUGCAGUGUUUGCAAUGUUUGGAAUGUUGUCUCCAGCCAGUCGAGGAGCUCUAAUGACAGCCGCCAUUGUUCUCUUCAUGUUCAUGGGAGCGGCUGCAAGCUACCACGCUGCCAGACUGUACAAGACCCUGAAAGGCUCCGACUGGAAGAAGGGAGCUCUUCUGACGGCCACUCUCUAUCCCUCCACCUUCUUUGGCAUGGGCUUCUUCCUUAACUUCUUCAUCUGGGGAGAACACUCCUCCGGAGCCGUACCAUUCACCACCAUGCUGGCUCUGCUGUGCAUGUGGUUUGGAAUAUCCUUCCCCCUCGUCUUCGGAGGUUCCUAUUUCGGGUUCCGGAAACAGCCGUACGAACAUCCGGUGAGGACCAAUCAGAUUCCUCGACAGAUCCCCGAGCAAGUCUGGUACCUCCAUCCAGUCUUCGCAGGACAUAGACCCAACUGUUGGCAAGUUCCGUAACAUGGUCCAGACCACCAUCCUGCCUAGCAAGAAGAGACGGCUCUCCAACGACCCAGCCACCCCCUCCCUCUCCCACCACCCUUACCUCCCUCACCUCCCUCCCUCCCUCCUCUACGGAGCACAUUCCUCCCUCUUCCUCCUCCCCUCACCCCGUCUCUCCCUCGGAGUCUCAAGUCACGUCUCCUACUCUUGGGUUCUCCUCCUCUCUCAUCACUAAA